UGUCCGGGACUAUUACUGAAUUUCUUCCUUCAACUGCACUCCACCAAAAAUUGCUUUUUUCUCAUCUUCCGUUAACUAUUACUCUUCCAAAUCCUUCAAACUUUAAACUUUCUUCUGAUUGCUUCUCUUUCUCUUUCUCUUUCCCUCGACCCUGCAAUUGAAAUGGGAAAUUUAUGGAGCAGCAGAAGAAGAAACAAUUACUAUCCCCCUCCCCCUCCCCCUCCCCCUCAUCUACCACCUCCUUACUACUAUUCCGCAGAAUCCCAUCUUCCCCCUCCCCCACCGCCACCUCAGCCGCAAGGCUAUUAUGUGACCAAUUCUUACGUCAAUACGCCUUCUCUGCCUCCGCCGCCGCCGCCGUGUCAUCCUCACGCCCAUUCAUUCAGUUACUCAAAUGGGCACAGCUAUUGCCCCAACUAUGGCAAUUCUAUGACGGGUCGUUUUCACUACCAACCUUAUUAUGUAAAUCAGGGUACUGGUGGCUGGCCUCCGAUUCGUCCUCCUCUUGCGCCUGCCAAUCCCCCACCGCCCUAUCUCGAUCAUCAAACCGCUAGGAAGGUCAAAAAUGAGGUCAACGUGCAUAAAGAUACUUUGCGGCUAGAGUUGGAUGAGCACAAUCCUGACCAUCACUUGGUUUCGUUUGUUUUCGAUGCCCUAUAUGAUGGGAGCAUUUCUAUAAUCUACUUUGCCAAGGAAGUAGAACCUUGCAAGUUCAUUCCACAGUUUCCUGAAAUUGAUCCAGUCAGAAUCCCUUUUCAGAAAGGCGCUGGACAAAAGUUUUGUCAGCCUUCAGGAACUGGCAUUGACUUGGGCUUCUUUGAGUUGGAUGAUCUCUCGAAACCCUCACAAGGUGAAGAUGUCUUUCCUCUUGUGGUAUGUGCUGUAACACAUUCGGGAGCUCCAGCAGAUGAAAGCUUUGGUGAUUCGAUGGCUGAUGCAUCACCUAAUAAGCAGAUAACUCAAGCUGUUAUUGAGAAAAGCAAUGGUAGUGGUUCUUUCCAGGUUAAGGUAAUUAAGCAGAUUUUGUGGAUUGAUGGAGCCCGUUAUGAAUUAAGAGAGAUAUAUGGAAUUGGAGGCUCAGCAGCAGCAGAUUUCAAUGACACUGAUCCUGAGAAGGAGGAGUGUGUCAUAUGCAUGACUGAACCAAAGGACACUGCUGUCUUACCUUGUCGACAUAUGUGUAUGUGCAGUGAGUGCGCCAAAGCAUUGAGGCUCCAAUCAAAUAAAUGCCCUAUUUGCCGUCAGUCCAUUGAGGAGCUUAUAGAGAUCAAGAUAAAUAAUGGUAAUCAAUGAAGUUGUUCGUCUUGAUGCUAAGUCGGAUUGCAUGGUAUUACCACCAAACUGCUGCUGUCAGGUGAUAUUAUGUCACUGGUUUCAUAUGCAUUUUUUUCUUUUUUCUGUAAAUUUCAGUUAAUAAUCUUUGUUCUUUAGUUCUUGUCUAAUCUGUUAAAGGAACUAUCGCCAUGAGGUUUUUCCAGGCAGUGAACUAUAUUUCGGUUUUGUCUAGUACAGGUGGUAUAUGUUUUCUUAGUUUGGUCCAAGUGACAUUUGACAGAAGAUCACUUGUCUAGUGUUUGCAGUAUAUAAAGGGACAAAGCCACCUUGUUUGAUCACUGAAACCUUCCUUUUGUAUCUUGGGUGUACGGACCCCUUCCGGAUUAACCUUGUUCAAAACCAUAAAAAUUUGAACAUAUAAAUCUGCAAUGGUGUUCAAUAUGUUCUUCCUUUAUCCUAUUUAUACUUUUUUGGGUUAAAGAUGUACUUAGCCACCUUGGCUGGUUCACUUGGUUUAUUCGGACCUAUGUGAUUUAUAAAGAGAGAGACAAGAUUCUAAAUGUUUUUUU